AUGGUACUUCUAGAUCCCAGUAAAAUCCGUCUUGUCGGAGGGUCCGGCCAAAACGAAGGUCGCGUGGAAGUCCGACCGGCCGACAGUUUCACCUGGGGCACGGUUUGUCAGGACCAUUUUGACAUGAGGGAUGUAGACGUUGUUUGUAGGAUGUUGGGCUAUCCGAGUGCCCAACAUGUUCGUAAUGUUGCCUAUUUUGGCCAAGGAAAUGGACCCAUCUACAUGGAUGACCUACGAUGUGAUGGGAACGAGACUAGCCUGUUUCACUGCUCGUACCCAGGAUGGGGGAUCCAUGACUGUGAUCACCACCAAGACGCAGGCGUGGUCUGCAGUACAAAUUCCAGCAGAAUCCGUCUUGUUGGUGAAUCCGGCGGAAACGAAGGACGUGUGGAGGUCCGGCCGGCCGACAGUUACAGAUGGGGGCCAGUUUGCCACAACAAUUUCGACUUGAAGGAUGCGGAAGUAGCUUGCAGAAUGUUGGGAUUUCCCAAUGCUAAGCAAGUUCUUCAUUCUGCGUUUUUCGACCAAGCUACAGGACCAAUCUACAUGGAUGACCUACGAUGUGACGGGACGGAGAGUAGCCUGUUUGACUGCCCGUACCGCGGAUGGCGGGUUCAUGACUGUGAUUAUUGGAACGAUGUCGGCGUUGUUUGCGAUUACAGCAGAAUCCGCCUUACCGGGGGUUCCAGCCAAAACAAAGGUCGCGUGGAAGUCCGACCGGCAGACAGUUUCACCUGGGGCACAGUUUGUCAGGACCAGUUUGACAUGAGUGAUGCAGACGUUGUCUGUAGGAUGCUAGGCUACUCCAGUGCCCGGCAAAUUAAAAACGAUGCCUUUUUUGGCUCAGGAAGGGGGCCAAUCUACAUGGAUGACGUACAGUGUAAUGGGAACGAGAAUAGCCUGUUUAACUGCUCGUACCCAGGAUGGACGAUAAACGACUGUGCCCAUGACCAGGAUGUAGGCGUGGUGUGUGACGAGUCUUUCCUGCUGGUGCAACAAACAAUGAGAUAUCAAGGAUAUCAAGACGAGUCGAAAAUCACGAUUUCUCCAUCCUUGGCCUACUCCUUGGACUAUGAUCCUAUGACUGAAUUCGUGUACUGGUUGGAUGAGGAUGAUGUCAUCCAACGGACUCACCGUGAAGGAAGUGGGACGGAGACAAUUAUAGAAUCUAGCGGCUAUUCCUAUGGCCUGGUCAUAAGGUUGGACCUUGCUGGGGAGAAUCUCUACUGGACAGACUACUACAAACACACUAUCUCAGUAGCCCGGAAGGACGGAUCUUUCACCAGGACACUUCUGACGUCCACAGUCAUCGAGAAUCCUCUUGGGCUGGCCCUGGACCCCAGAAACGGAUUCAUGUAUUGGGCCAGCGGAGAAUGGGGAUCCUAUAAACCUAGAAUUGACCGUGCUGCGAUGGACGGCAGCAACCCAACUACAAUCAUUAGUAGUCUGACUGAGGCCGGCGUCAUUACAAUAGACUACAAAGAGAAUCGUCUGUACUAUUCUGAUGACAACAGCAUCUACAGCUCAGACAUGGUCGGUAACGAUGUGCAGCUAGUCAUGGCUGGAGACGGGGGAAAUGUUCGCGGGAUUGCAGUGGAUGAUAACUACGUUUACUGGAUACACUCCUGGACUGUUGGAAUACAACGGUUAUCCAAGACCAGCAUGAAUCAAACCGCUCUGUCGGAGGACCUUGAUGAUUUGAAUGACAUCUAUGUGUCCACGGCAUCGCUUUCUAACGUCACCAAUGCGUGUUCCCUGUCGAAUGGAGGAUGCCAGGAAUUAUGCCUUGCGCAUCCAGAAGGAAAGACGUGCGCCUGUCGAGAUACCUGGGAUCUGCAGGAAGACGGGGUGACAUGUUGCCCUUCUGGCUACACUAUCUAUCAUGCUGCAUGUUUUAAGGCGUACAACCGAUAUAAAACCUACAACCAGGCCAGACAGGUGUGUGCAGCGGACGGAGGGCUUCUGGCAAUGCCGAAAGACAAAGACGUGGACAGCUUCUUGAGAAGUUUGAAGAACGCCGUGGAUGAAAUCUCACGUUUCUGGUUUGGUCUAAGUGAUCAGAACGAUGAGGGCGAGUGGGAGUGGGAAGACGGGACUCCACACGACAUACUUACUGACUGGAGCAACUGGCAGCUGGGUGAACCUAACGAUAACGAUGGAGGAGAAGACUGUGCGAAUUACUAUGGUUCGGACUGGAAUGACGCACCGUGCUCCUCUGAGUAUAAAUUUAUCUGCCAGCUGAAGGAGGCAAUCAGCUGCUCUCUAGGAUACUACCGCUGUGGACACGGACAUGCGUGUAUCCUAUCAUGGAAGCGCUGUGAUGGGGUCACAGACUGUACGGACGGGAGUGAUGAGGAGGGCUGUGUUUGCCAGUCAAUACCUGGGAAUUAUCACCUCGACAGUAGGCUGGCGAUGCUCCCAAAUCAGCUGGGCCAGACGACGCUUGGGGAGAUCCAAAAUUCAUCUGUCCUGGAGCUGCUCAACACCUCAGACGUCAUCUCAGGAAAGCACCACCCAGAGUUUAAAAACUUCGUCUCAGCGGUCAUUUUUCCGCGAUGCAAUGUCUCCAAAGAGGACAAGACAAACUGCUCUCUGUCUCAAGAUGCAGACAACAUCUUGCAUUGUUAA